AUGGUUUGUGGUGGGGGUGGGGGGAGGAGGGUGUGGGGGGGGUUUGGGGUGGGGGUUGGGAGGAGGAAGUAUGGCCACCGUGCCGCCACGAGGUCCCCCAUUGAGCAAGCCGCCGCAGACCUGAUCCAGACCUGGGCCAGGCCCGGGACCGGCACGCUAUGGUACGCCAUCAUGUGUGGGAUCAUGGCCGAGUACGACACGGUACAGAACAAAAUCAAGAACGGAUACAUCUUUAAGGACCAUUUGGACAAAGCCAUCGAGCUGAAGCCUCACGACCCUCUGUCCUACUACCUGAUGGGGCGCUGGUGCUACGCUGUGGCUCAGUUGUCGUGGCUCGAGAGGAAAGUCGCUGCCACGUUAUUCGGCGAACCCCCCAGCGCCUCCGUGGAAGACGCACUCCGGAAUUUCUUAAAGGUUGAAGAAAUCCAGCCGGGCUAUUCCAAACUCAACUAUGUCUAUCUCGCAAAGUGUUACAGAGACCUGGGGCAGCAGGCGAAGGCUCGGAGGUGGUGUGAGAAGGCCACCUCAGCCCCGGCACAGACCAGAGAGGCUGAAGAGGCGCAGAAGGAGCUGGACGUCCUGUGUCCGGCUUUGGGAGUUUGA